AUGCAUGUCAAUUGGCUCUCAAGACAGGCUCUGGUGGGCCAAGACUUUCGCAUGCUUCUCGGCAUUGCGCUUGUAGCUGGCACGACGCUUUUAAUGUUGCUGGUAAGGCUUAAGCCGCGUGAGUCGACGCCCACAACUCUACAGGCACCCGCAAAGCCGGGAGAUUUGCCCCCAACCGUCCAUCUUCCGCUGAUCGAGAAGCAGGUUCUUUCGCAUGACACACGUCGCUUUCGCUUUGCUCUACCAUCGAAUCAGCACGUACUUGGACUUCCUGUGGGUCAACAUAUUUCACUGCGUUACACCGAUGACGAGGGUAAAGUAGUCAUGCGCUCGUACACGCCUGUGAGCUCAGAUGACACAAGAGGAUACGUGGAUCUAGUGAUUAAAGUGUACUUCAAAAAUGUACACCCCAAGUUUCCAGAGGGUGGGAAGAUGAGUCAGCAUCUCGAGAGCUUAGCUAUUGGAGAUACUAUUGAAGUGUCUGGCCCCAAGGGAAAACUCUCGUACAUGGGCAAAGGCGAGAUUCACAUCAAGCACCGCGUGCGUGACGUGGUACCUGAGAUUCGUAAAGCAGCUCAAAUCGGUAUGAUUGCUGGUGGUACUGGAAUUACUCCCAUGCUACAAGUUGUACGUCGGGCGCUGCAAGAUCCGGAAGAUAAGACGGAGUUUUACUUAUUGUUUGCCAAUCAAACUGAAAAUGACAUUUUAUGUCGCGACGAAAUUGAAGCUAUGGCUGCGACCCAUCCAAACUUUAAGUUUUGGUACACAGUGGACAAAGCGUCCGACGGAUGGCCGUACUCGACGGGUUUUGUGUCCGCUGAUAUGAUCAAGAAGCACCUGCCCGCUGCUGCACCGAAUGUCCAGAUCUUUAUGUGUGGACCUCCGCCAAUGCUGAAAUUUGCAGUGCUUCCAGCUCUUGAAGAACUUGGAUUUAAACCUGAUCAGUACUUCAGUUUUUAA